UUGGACACCAUGUGCGGCCCAUUGCAUUGACUUGAUGUUGGAAGAUAUUUUCAAGAUACCACAUCUUAAGGCGGUUUUUGAAAAGGCAAUUAGGUUUAAUGGUUAUAUUUAUGCCCGUCCAGGCGUAAUUAAUAUGAUGAGGCGAUUUACCGGAGAAAAGGAAAUGGUGAGGCAUGCAAAAACAAGAUUCGCAACUGCUUUCCUCACUUUAUCUAGGAUUCAUCAACAAAAGAACAAUUUGAGGAAGAUGUUCAUUUCAGAAGAAUGGACAUCUAGCAAAUGGGCAAAGGAGCAGUUAGGCAAAGAAGUGGCAAGAUAUGUUAUGAUGGCUUCUUUUUGGAAUAAUAUUGUCUAUGCUCUUAAGGUCUCUGGUCCUCUUGUGAAGGUGUUGAGAUUGUUUGAUACCGAGAGAAAGCCUCUCAUGGGAUACAUCUAUGAGGCUAUGGAUAGGGCAAAAGAAGCCAUAGCCAAAUCAUUUGGUGAAAAGGUUGAAAAAUAUCAAGACAUCUAUGCUAUUAUUGACAAUAGGUGGGCAAUCCAAUUGCAUCGUCCUUUGCAUGCUGCGGGACAUUUUUUGAAUCCGGAGUUCUUUUACUCAAACCCACAAGUUGAGCAAGAUGUUGAGGUUAUGACAGGGAUUUACGAUUGCAUAACAAAGUUGAUUGCAGAUGAAGAGAUACAAAAUAAAAUCACUUCUGAGAUGACUGUUUACAUGAAAGCUGAGGGACUUUUUGGACUGCCACUAGCAAUUAGGCAAAGAAAUACAAGGGCACCAGCUGAUUGGUGGGUUGCAUAUGGUUCUACGACGCCUAAUUUGCAAAAGUUUGAGAUAAGAGUUCUUAGCCUUACAUGUAGUUCUUCCGGUUGUGAACGGAAUUGGAGUGUAUUUGAACAUUUCCAUAGCAAAAAAAGAAAUAGGCUCCAGCAAAAACGCCUCAAUGACUUGGUGUUUGUCAAGUAUAACAGGGCACUAAAACGUCGAUAUGAUAUGCGAGAUACAAUUGAUCCCAUUUCUUUGACAAAUGUUGAUGAAAGCAAUGAGUGGUUGCGUGGGAGGACGGAUGGAGAAUCUGAUGAAGAUAAUGAGCAGGUGUUUGGUGAUGAUAGUUUAACGUGGGGUGAUGUUGCUAGAGCUUCUGGAGCGUUAGAGAGUUCCAAUGUAACUAGACCUACAACAUCAAGAGCACGAGCAAGGAGUGCCACAUCCAAUCCAAUUGAUUUGGUAGAUGAAGAAGAGGCAGGUUCCGAAGAGACGGAAGAAGAGGAAGAUGACGAGGGAUACAAAUCCGUUGGUGAAGAAGAAGAAGAUGAUGACGAUUUUCUUGGUGUUGAUAUGGACGAUGAUUAGUAAACUAUAUCCUCCUUAGGAUGAUUGAAGUGCAACUAGGAAAAGUACUUGGAUGCUUGUCUUUUAUUGAUUUUGACGUUUUAGUUUGUCUCUAUACGAGAUCGGUGGCUAUUUGACAUUUCAUGAAUAUUUUUAUGUAUCUUUUGGAUGGUAAACUCAUUGGCUUAGUGCUUAUUGCUUGAAAUAUUAGUGUGUGCUAUUUUUUUCUA